AUAUAUAUAUAUCUGUUUACACCCAUUUUUGCAAAAUAGUAUAAUGAUGCCACGUGUCAUCCAUGUUGACAGAUAUUUCAUUAGUUGAAAGUUGUUGGAGUAAAUCUCUCUGGAUAAGGUUGAGUGGUUAUUUCCACAACUGCAGCAAAGUUGUUGGUUUGUUGCGAACUUCCAGGAGAAUAAUUGGCAGAAUCAACAGAAUAAUCAAUUUGUUUCAGAUUUCAUGCUGCCGUUGAUUGUCAAGUUGCUGCCACAGAUUUCCAAGCAUGCUACCAAGGGUGUUUACUGCUAUAAAGAUGCAAAGAAGAAACGAAGCGAAGAAGACCAGCCUCUCACACAACUAGCCCAGCGCUAUCUACAUUUCAGUUUUACAAGCAAUGUCUUAGUUUAAAUCCAGUUUUCUUAAACAGCUUUCCUAAUUUAGUCUUUAGCUCUACGCUGCCAUUAGUUUUAAUUCUGAUUUUUGUUAUUUCGUUGUGAACAUCUUCACCCGAUAUAUUUAGUUUCUUUUGCAAUUCAAUUUACUGCACUUUACCCCAAAUUCAUCUUUCUAGUUUCUUUUAAAUUGUGCCACCAUGGCAAGUCCUUAUUUUGAUGAUUGCCAGAAGCUUUUCAUCACUCCGCCACAAGCUUCCUCUUAUGUCAAUCCACUUUAUGAUGAGAAGGCAACAGCUGAUAGUGAGUCUUUCAAAUCACUUUUUGAAAGGAUAGCUGAUUUUGCUGAGGAAUCUACAAGGCUUCAUGAGGAACGCCUGAAGAGGUUGGAGGAAAAUUUGAAAGUAUGCAAAUCAAAUCUUCCAGAACUUAAAACCCCUCAACCCAAAAGUGAGGUUUUAAUGGAGGAUUCAAAGAAGUGCCAUGCAGCCGCGUCUCCAAGAACUUUGAAGCAGUUUUGCAAAUCGCAAAACGUGACAGAGAUGCCAAUUGUAAAUGAAGGUCAGACGACACUAAGGUCAGAGAGUAACCCCAUGAUCACAGUUGGGGGGCGUGAAUCACAAUUGCAGCGUGCUACCCAAAGUCAACAAUGCCAUGCAGCUUUGGAGGCGACUUUAACAAGUAUGCCUCCAAGUCAUUCUAAGUCUGCAAAGACUAAUACUAGCAAUAGUCCUCUUACUCCUAAGAGGCAUAAACCAACUCAGGUGCAGACAUGUCAGCCAUCGAUCAAUGAGGGUCCAUCUGAUGGCCGACAAAAAGUUGAUGCUGCUACACAAAAGCCAACACUUUGGCCAGCAUCAAGACAUAAAUCUGAUAAGGUAUCCACCUCAUCUAUUUCUACUUCUUUUGAGACUAAUGAGCAUAUUUCUUCAGCCUUGCUUAAGAAGUGUUCGCAGCGACCAUGCUUUCUUAAUGGUCAAAGCCCUUCCAAGUUCAAUUAUGGACAAUGGCUGAAGGUGAAAUAUCCUUUUAAAGUCGUUAGUCUGAAGAGGGGAGUCAUUUCCAAUCUCGGGGGGCAACCUAGUCAGAUUGAACAACAAAGGUUGCAAGACCUGAUUGCCAAUGAAGUUCACAAAGCUAUAGAAAAAGAGUCCACCUCAGCAACUUGCAGACUCAUUGCCAAAGGCCACUCAGGUGGCAUGCAGGCCACCAUGUUGUCUAACAUGCCGUAGGCCAUAUUCAAAAAAUAAUGAUUCUUUCCAAAGUGGCUUUCACAAGAAAUUCUCAAAUUUUCC